UCUCUCUUCUUUCAUGUGUUUAGUGUUGACUCGAAGUUGGUCUACUGUACCAGUCUUGGUGUGGAAGACGAUAUGCCACUAUGAGUGCCCGAGGACCCACUCGUGGUGCGACGACCCUUCGUACUUCAUACGUGUGUACGUAGUGUGUGAGAUACUUUGGGGUUCUCGCUCUCUCUGACAGACAGCCAGCGGUGGGCAAGUCUUGGGAGUCCGUAAAAGAAGACUUUAUGUUUUCAGUCUGUGUCUCCCUCGUCUCCCGCCCCCUCGCUCGCUCGGAGUAAAUGUGAGUGUGUGAGUGUUUGUAUCUUUCGUUCCAUACAUCAUUGGAUUAAAGUGAUCUCGAAAAAUGAGAGGCAGGUGAAAAUCACUCGAUUCCACAAGAGCCUCUCAAGAUGUCAGCGGAUGAUGAUGCUUCUACCCUUGGACUGAUCCCAGUCAGUGUUCCCGUGUGUGAGUGGUCGCGUUCUGGAUCCAGUGAGUCUCGCACACCCCAUCAUCAGCCAUAUUCUUGAGCACACCAACCUUGGGCCAGAUUUUCCGUCUAACAGUGAGUGAUGGUGGUGUUGAAGAAGAAGGUUGGAGGCGCGCUAAUCACUCCAACCCUGAGGAUCGGGUGAAGUAAAUUGUUCCAGGAACAAAGCCAGGAACUCUGGGUUUUGAUUGGUCUUCAGAGCAUACCAAGAUUAUUCUCCUCCCCUUCCUAGCGCAUUCUCUGAUACCUCAUGAGAUUAGGAUGACCACCACUCCCGCUUUACACCACGCCUCUCAUGCCUUUCCGAAUCCGUAUGGCUUGAACACGUCCCAUUCCUGCAGCGAGCUCUCCACCACCAAAGCUCUUCAUGUAUCGCUCGAUGACAACCCCAAUCUGUUGGUGUACCUCAAGAUGGAGAACAUUAUCGAGCGAAUGCAGAAAGAGGAGACGGGCGUGCCGAUCCGGACCGUCAAAAGUUUCAUGAGCAAAAUCCCGAGUGUGUUCACCGGCCAGGACCUAGUCCAAUGGCUCCUGAACAACCUUGACCUUACUGACACGGGCGAGGCCCUUAUUCUGGCCAACCGCAUGGCGGCCUACGGCUACUUCUUCCCCAUCGACGACCACGUGUUGGCAGUUAAGAAUGACAACACGUACUAUCGCUUCCAAACUCCCUACUAUUGGCCUUCAAAGAGUUGGGCACCUGAAAACACCGACUACGCCGUGUAUCUGUGCAAAAGGACCAUGCAGAACAAAGCCAGGUUAGAAUUGGCCGACUAUGAGGCCGAAAACCUGGCCCGUCUACAAAAGAUGUUCAGUCGGAAGUGGGAAUACAUAUUCAUGCAGGCCGAGGCCCAGUCCAAAGUGGACAAAAAGCGGGACAAACAGGAACGGAAGAUCCUCGAUACCCAGGAGCGGGCAUUCUGGGACGUAUAUCGACCUCCUCCAGGAUGUGUGAACACCACAGAGUUGGAUAUCAAGAAAGUGUGCCGUAUGAACCAAUACAGCACCAAUAACCGAACGGACAACCUCAGGGAUUUGGCUGCGCUCAGGCGGCAACUUCUCGCAGAGGCCUCCAACCUCCGAUCUCGAGUAGACAAGUGCACGAUACGGGUAUCGAAAUGUGCAGAGACCUAUGUGGAGUACUUCAACCUUCACCGUGAGUACGACGCCUUCCUGGUGGCCACUGAGCCGAGUAAUCCGUGGAUCUCGGACUCGACCGAAUAUUGGGAAAUGUUCGAAAAGUGCUCCCGUGAACAAGUGGCCGAAAGGCGCAUUCGAAGAUGGGCCUUCAGUUGCUGGGAGAUGCUGAAGGACCCCGUGGGUCACGACCAUUUCAAGGCCUUUCUCGAAAAGGAGUACGCCACCGAGAACCUCCUCUUCGUGGAGGCCGUGUGGAAAAUGAAGAAACUGGCCCAAAAGGAUGUGGCCGAAGAGUGUCAACGAAUCUGGAAGCAGUUCCUCGGUCCCGGGGCCGAGAUGCUGGUCAACGUGGAUUCCAAAACUCAUAAAGUGACGGACAAUAACAUGAACGAGCCGGAUCGAUGGACGUUUGACGAUGCGGCAGCGCAUCUCUACUAUUUGAUGACCAGUGAUAGUUACUCCAGAUAUCUUCGUUCCUCGCAUUAUAAGGACUUCUUGGAAGGAGCCAAGAAGAAAUGUACGAGGAAUUUCGCCCUCGCCAAGCUUUCCGGAGCCAAACUGGCCAUAACGAACUCAGGCUCAUAAGGAAGAGAGUGCGUGUGUGUAUUUUGUGUCCAUGUGAAUUCACCCUCUUGGGAGGGACUGUGUCAAGGGUUGCCGGUCAUGGGUGGGUACACUUCGACCAAUGCCAAUUGACAGCCCACCACUUUCCCAUGCCAAGUGGCUGCCCGCCCUCGAUGUCGAUGUGUCGAUUGUGCACAAACAACGUCAUGAAUGCUGCUGAGAUUCGCUAUUUGGGAGCCACAAUUCACAAGGCGCAUCUCAGCUUGAAUAUCAGACACAAAUUAAAUACUUACAGACUGAUGAGAUUACCUUGCUUUUAGACCCGAUUUGAUCUGGUAGGUUCCAGGCCGCCAAUGUCUGUCUCUCCCAGAUCCAAUGGCAAGCUCCUCUUUUGAUGUGCCCGACGAAAACCAA